UCGGAAAAGACAAGUGAGCCGAGGUGGGAUGGCUAAACCAGUUAAAUUAGCCACUAUAUUCUCAGCUGUGCUCAUAUGGCUAACUAGUUAGCAAAAUGGGUGCGCUUAACGAAUACGUACACACCACCUAGAAAGGUAGUUAAGACGCAUGGCAUGACUCUCAUUAGAUCUUCACAGACGUAGAUUUUAUACUAAGCUAGCGGCACCUGAAUGAUGUCCGGGAAGAGCAAGUUCAGUGGGUCGGAUCGGUUCGAAUACCUGCAGGCGCUGGUGACCGAGUUCCAGGACACUGACAAUGCAGAGGCCAGAGAGCAGGUUUUGGCAAACCUGGCCAACUUUGCCUAUGAUCCCAGAAACAUGGAGGACCUGCACAGACUGCAGGUGGCCGAGCUCUUCCUGGACAUGCUGACCGAGGAAAGCGAGAACCUGGUGGAGUUUGGGAUCGGAGGGCUGUGCAACCUGAGCAUGGACCGCGCCUGCCGGGACCAGAUCCUGCAGAGCGGCGGCGCCGUCGCCCUGGUGACGGGCUGCCUGUCCAGCCGGCGCGAGGAGACGGUGCUGUCGGCCAUCACCGCCCUGAUGAACCUGACGGCGGCGUCCUCGCGCGAGCUCACCACCGGCAGCGCGGUUCUGCAGUGCAUGCUGCGGUUCUCGCUGUCCCGCAGCGUCCGGCUGCGCAACCUGGCCUGCGUCUUCCUGGAGGACUUCUGCAGCCCCGCGCAGGUGGACGCAGCCCGGCGGGAGCUGCAGGGGCACACGCAGACGGCGUUGGGGAUUCCCCUCCCCGAGGACUAGACAAUCCC